CUAUGUACGAUGGGUACGAAUUGAAUGGUAGAAGGAUUGAAGUCCGUGAGGAUCGAUUUGCUGGAGGACCACCACCGCCAAGAUUUUCAACACGUCCAACACGUCCUUAUGCGGGUCCGAGUCAUUAUGGUCAUAAUUCUGCAGGAGGGUUUUAUGGGCCACAAGCAGCUGCACCAGCAAGCUUUGGUUCGACUUACCAAUCUAUGGGACCUGGUCCAGACCAGUAUGAUGGAUACGGUGGCGGUUAUAAUGAUUUCAGCGCUGCGGGCGCAAACAUGAUGGAUUAUAGCGGCGGUGGAUUUGGUGGAGGUUACAUUCCCCCAUACGGUGGUGCAGCAGUUGGAUAUGACGGGUCGGCGGGUUAUUAUCCUACACCAGGAGCAUCGGGUGGGACUGGAACUCAAAUCUUUGUCAGAAAUCUUCCGUUCACAACAACUAAUUUGGAUUUGAGAGAUCUCUUUAAACAUUGUGGUAACGUUUUAAGGGCCGAGAUUCUGGAGCAAAAUGGAAGACCAAAGGGUGCCGGUGUAGUGCAGUUCGAUUCAAACGAAUCUGCCCGGUUUGCUGUUG